CUGUGCAGACACCGGUUUAUGUCCAACCGGCGUCAGCUAUCAAAAAAGGCACGAAAUGGCACAACUUGUACAAGUGUCACAAGUGCCACAAAUGGCAGAAAUGGAUAUGCUCUAUAGUAUGGGCCCUGCUGCCAGUGUCCCAACUGUUCAUUUUGUUUUAAUGAUCUUUUUGCAGUUAUUUAUGCGAGUUGGGCACCACAGCCAUAAGUUGGGUGCAGCAGCCAUAGGGAAUUGUUCAAACCCAUGCCGUAUCACAAUGGAAGUCCUCAAACUUUGGAGAGUCACCAGUCCUUCUGGACUCCACCGUGUGCCCGUUCCCAAAGCGAUGUCCUUUUUGUCUUUCAAUGGCAACAGUUUGAGCAAACUUCAGGAGGGCUCACUUUCACGUACGCAUCGGGACUUGUCAAGUAAUGCAAUCCAGACCAUUGAGAUGAAUUCACGUGAAGCUGUCCCGUUUGUGCAGCUUAUAGACCUCAGCGGCAAUCUUAUUGAGAAGCUCACUCCUGGGGCAUUCGAGGCCUGGCAUGGAAUGCAGUUUUUGCUCAAGAUGGUUCUCAACCAUCAUCCGCUGAAAGUCAUUGAUGAUGCCAGUUUUUACAGGCUUCCCUCACUGAAGCUUCUAAACCUUAGUUCUACAGAAAUGACCCCAAAGAUAUUAGAGGACCUGCUCCAGACCUCCCAGCAAUUGAAGACUCUCAUCUUGCCUAACAAGAUAUUCUGCUGUCUUUGCCGUAUGAAGGAUGACAUUGAAGUUUUGUCUGAUACGAUAAAGUUGGACUGCACCGACACAUGUACCACAAAGGAAACUCUCUGCGAGAAAGAUGAGGCUUUGAACAGGAUGCAAAAAGAAGUCAUGAAGGCGUUGGAAAUCAGGAAGCUGAAUGCCAGCAGUACACUGAACAUUUUGCCUGAGAAACUUUUACACAGCAACAUAACAAUGAAGGUCACCGUGAGGCAGAGAAACACCAAUUUAGGUGAACUCAACCCACACCUUUUGAAAUCGGUCCAGGAAUUAGAGAAAGAUGAGGCUUUGAACAGGAUGCAAAAAGAAGUCAUGAAGACGUUGGAAAUCAGGAAGCUGAAUGUCAGCAGUACACUAAACAUUGUGCCUGAGAAACCUUUACACAGCAACAUAACAAUGAAGGUCACCGUGAGGCAGAGAAACACCAAUUUAGGUGAACUCAACCCACACCUUUUGAAAUCGGUCCAGGAAUUAGAGAAAGAUGAGGCUUUGAACAGGAUGCAAAAAGAAGUCAUGAAGGCGUUGGAAAUCAGGAAGCUGAAUGCCAGCAGUACACUGAACAUUUUGCCUGAGAAACUUUUACACAGCAACUUAACAAUGAAGGUCACUGUGAGGCAGAGAAACACCAAUUUAGGUGAACUCAACCCACACCUUUUGAAAUCGGUCCAGGAAUUAGAGAAAGAUGAGGCUUUGAACAGGAUGCAAAAAGAAGUCAUGAAGGCGUUGGAAAUCAGGAAGCUGAAUGCCAGCAGUACACUGAACAUUGUGCCUGAGAAACUUUUACACAGCAACAUAACAAUGAAGGUCACCGUGAGGCAGAGAAACACCAAUUUAGGUGAACUCAACCCACACCUUUUGAAAUCGGUCCAGGAAUUAGGUAAGCUGAAACCUAAAGAGGUCCUGCAAAUCAAGUGGAAUGACACGUCUGAACUGAAAAAGCUGUACAUGCUGGCCAAUUUGCUCCAGAUGGCACUUACAGAACAAGUUAUGGAAGAUAAAAGGGGCAGGCAAGGGGAACCUCGCCAAAUAGCACGCCGGUCUGCUUGGAAGUGGUCUGUUAUGCAGUUCACAACUAGCUUCCCCUUUUUGACAGCUUCCAUCAUGGUGGAUAAUGACGCUGCUGACUUGACUGGCCGAGUACUUAUCAUUCUGAAACAUUUCAAUGAGUCAAGCCAUCAAGACCACUCUCUGCAUGAGGAAGAAACAGCGGCUCCCAGUACCACUACCACCACCACUACCACCCCCACUACCACCCCCACUACUACCACAACUACUACCACUAGCACCACUAGUCCUACUAGUCAGAGUUUGCUGCUGGAAGGUACGUCCGGCUCUUCCCAAAAUGAACCUAGUGAAGGAAACUCAGAGCAGACAUCAGAUAAUGCACCAUUAAUGGCAAAGGAGGCGCUGCUCAACCAGCUCAUGCAUGGAACUCAGGAAGGUGGUGUGCCCCAAAUUCCAGGAGAUAACGCAGAGGCACCCCAAAUCCCAGGAGAUGACACAGAGGCCUCCUUAAACGAAAUCUCCCCUGAUAUAACAUUGUCCCAUGAGACACACUGGGAGCAUCAUGAACUGAAGACCACUGCUCGCCACAAGCUGAACAUCUUGCCCACUGAUGAUGACUACUUGCUUCAAGGGGACCUUUUUGAAGCUGAGCUGAACAAGCGGCUAUCACCCCUUAUCCCAAACACACCAGUGAGGAACCUCAUAUCCCACACACUCCGUAUCCUCAAAAUGGACUGCACAGUGUCCAGGGUCCAGCUGGCCUGUGCUAAGCUCAUCUCCAGAACAGGUCUUCUCAUGAAACUAUUCAGUGAGAGAGAAAACCUCAUGGAUAACUCUGCCUUGUGGAAGUCAUACUUCUUGUCUAUGAAGAAUGUCUCCAACUUGGCCACAGGAAGUCCAAGAAAAAUGGGGAAAUCUGAGAUUGGAAGCCAGGGAAUCCCAGAAUAUGGCUAUGGCAAAAAGCUGUUGUUUGCUAUUUCAGUGACUGCAGUGAUAAUAAUUAUCAUUUCAGUAAUUGGGCUGACUGAGAUCUGCUCUCAGUGUUCUGCAGCUAAGCAUGGCACCCCUCAAGAAAAACGGACGUUUCUGGGCAGAAAGAAGAAAGGAGCAGAACAGUCUUCCAGUGCAGGUUCUUCAGUGCUCGAUAAGCCUCUUUGGCUCAAGGAUAUGUACCAGCCUCUGGAUGAAGUACGGAAAAAGAGCAUGGUGGACAAAAUGCACGAUGAAGAAUCCUCUGAAGAUGAAGAUAUAUUCAGCUGGGCAAGAGUUCCCGGAGCUCCACCAGGUCCACCAAGCCCAUCACCAGUAGAACAACCGCCUGCAAGAAGGCCCAGCUCAAGAAAAAUGUCACAAAUGACUGCACCGUCCCCUGCUAGAAAGCCCAGUUCCAAGACACUGUCUGCACAUCCGUCCCUCUUUGCACCUCAGUCCGCACCUCCAUCUGUGCCUCCAUCAAUUCCCAUGUAUAUGUCUCCGUAUGUACCUCCAUCUGCAACUCCAUCCAUACAUCCAUACGUACCCCCAUCAGUAUCUCCAUCCAUCCAUCAAUCCGUACCUCCAUCCGAAUAUCAGUCCGUACCUCCGUCUGCACCUCAUUCCGCACGUCCGUCUGUACAUCAGUCCGCACCUCCGUCCGCACCUCCCUCUGCACCUCACUCCGCACCUCACUCCGCACGUCCGUCUGUACCUGCAUCUGUGGAAGGAGCUCCGCACACACCAUCACCAAAAUCAUCAUUGACAAAGCCCCCCAGUGAAGCUUCAAAACGAGGAUCGACGGCAGAAGGUGGCACUAGCACAGAGUCAAAGAAAGCAAGUUCGGGUGCAGGAAGCCAAGCUGGAGGAAGCAAAGCUGAAGGAAGUGAAAGUGGAGGAAGCGCAACGGAAGAAGAUUGACCUUUGUUCGUUUGUAAAUAAUGUUAUAUUAUCUGUAGAGCUCUGUACAAAGUUCUGUUGUUAUUAUUACAAUAAUCAUAAUACUAUUAUUAUUAUUAUUAAUAAAUACAUAACU